GAGAUGAUCAGAGUAAAGCCGCCACUGAUAGGUCCCAGAAUGCAAUAGGAGAACUGAACAGGUGUUCUUAUCUUAUCUUCCACAGUACUCAAAGACUCUCCCUUCUUUCAUUUAGCUGUCGUAGGAGCACGGGAAUCGCACUGGCAGCAUAUUGCUCACAUUAAGAACAAAUAAUGCAUUUCUGUGUUUUAUUAACUAGCGCCAUUUUGGCGGGAUGUGUGAACGCACAAUUUAGUCUUCACUUUGGAACAAAUACGCAAGCGCCUGCAGCACAAAAUUCUGUCUGUAAAGACAAGCUACCCAACUGUCCUGCGUUUGGGAAGACUUCUUGUGUGGCACCCUACGAGGAGUGGGCUCGUGAUUACUGCUCUUUGUAUUGUGGAUUUUGCACGGGACCCCCCACAACGCCUGCUCCUUGCAUUGACAUGAAAAGUGAUUGUAAACAGUAUGGGCAAAACAUCUGCAGCGAUCCAAAAUAUGCUCCCUGGGUGCUGGAAAAUUGUCGCUACUUUUGUAGACAAUGUACAGCGGCCCAGCUAGCUAUUGUGGACACCCAGACCACCACCAUCCCGCCUGAGCGUUGUGUUGAUAAACUGGAUAACUGCAAGGAUUAUGGACAGGAAGCAUGCAAAACCUUUGCACCAUGGGCUGAGGACAAUUGCAUGAAUACGUGCAAAUUCUGUGUAGGAUUGCCCACACCAGCGCCAGCUUGUGUAGACAAGAUACCGAACUGCAACCAGUACUCCAGUGAGUCUUGCACCAGUCAAUCUUACCGUCCAUGGGCCGAAGCCAAUUGCCGAGCCCACUGCCGGUUUUGUACUCCUUCUGGUGGACAAAGUGCUGGUGGAGUACCCACUCCAGCCAUGCUUGUUCCAGCGGUGCCCACAAGCGGUCCAAUGACUGUUCCCGCAGGGUUUCUCGCCAUACCUACGCCGGUUCCUGGUAGGACUUAUGCUCCAAGCAAACGACUGGUUCCGCCAUUUAAACGUCAAGUACCUCAACCACCUGGAAGCAGUGCCAAUCACGGGGGACCAGUGCCAUUCGAACCACGAACUAAAGCCCCAACUACGACUACAACCACAGAAGCUCCUACAACUACCACCACUACAGAGGCCCCAACAACGCAGGCUCCCACUACCACAGAGCCUCCCACUACCACUGAACCACCUACUACCACUGAACCACCUACUACUACCACUGAAACACCCACCACCACCACUACUCCUGAACCAACCACCACAACGCCUAAACCUACUACAACCACACAGAAACCCAAAAAAGAAUGUCAUAACCUUUUGGUGCCUGGGUCUGCGCCAGAAUCAAAUAUGCAACAUGGAGGUACCGCGCAGCCUGCUCAAGAAUGUCACUGGGUCACCGAAAAACCCGACAAAACCGAAGAACCUAAACCAAUUUCUACCCUAACACCCAUUACAAUAGAGGUGACAACAGAAAUUACUCCAUCUGAACCAAGUGGAGUCAAUACCACCACAGAACAAACACCUGAGGUCCCAACUACAGAAGCACCUAACACCUCUGACAACACAACAGACCAAGUUCCCAGUGGCAACAUGACAACAAUGGAAACCCUAACGACAGAAAACGGAUCGGGAAUGUCCGGAAAUGUAACAGAUAGCACUUCUACCACACCCGAUAAUGGAUCAGGUGUUAUGACUACACAAGGACCAGUAGACACUAAUGUGACCACUGAAGGACCCGUGGUAACUACACCAGAACCAGAUACAAACGCAACCACAUCAGGAUCAGUAGACAUCACUGAUGCACCAGUAGAUACAAAUGUGACCACUGCAGGACCAGAUGUAACCAACAGUGGAACAACAUCUUCAGGUAAUGGGUCAGGCAGUGGAGAUGGAACAACAUCGUCAGGUAAUGGGUCAGGCGGUGGAGAUGGAACAACAACUCCAGGAAGUAAUGGGUCAGGCGGUGGAGAUGGAACAACUCCAGGAAGCGGUACAUCUACUGGAAGUGGAUCCGGUUCUAACUCUUCUCUAAUUCCUCUUCCAUGUGGUACAUCACCUGAUAAUCCCUGCGGAACGGGAAAUAAAACAGACAGCAGCGGGACGACAGAAUCUACAGAUACAGACACAACAACCGAUUCUGGAAAUGUUGGACCUACCACAGAUGUAGUGCCUCCGACCAAACCAAGUCAAUCUAUUACUACACCAAUGGAAAUUCCCUCUAAAUCAAUCGUCAGUUCAGAGUCCACUGCAUCGGUAACUACGGAAGAGGCCACUUCCAACACACCCACAGACAAAGUACCAACUAAAGGUACUACAGGAACCACCGAAGCCAUAGUUAUUCCCACAAAACCAGAUUCUGGUACUACAGGCUCCACCAGUGACAAUAGCGGCGGAAGUACUACAGAAGACUUUUAGCCAAUACGGGAAAACUGUAAGUUAUUGCGAGCAUCAAUAACCCAUUUUGAAUAUCCCUACUCAAACCGGCGGACGCUGCUUAGCUUGGAUUGCGCAUAAAUGCCUGUUUGCAAUAGCACUUUCAUUACAUGAAAUUAGCUCAUUUCUGACAUGGGAACUGUGCUUUCUGAUGUGUAGGCGUCUGAUAGCAAUCGGAUCACGCGCUCGUCCUUUUCCGUAACCGGUAAGGAGACUCGCACGUGGAUCGGCACAAGAAUUGCAUCAAAUCGAUGUAUUUCUUCGCCGUAAGCGCGCCCGUGGAUGAGGUUAAAAGGUCAGAACCGAAUCCUUGAAUAAUGUGUUACAUGUAUUUAUAUUUUCACCAGACUCCGUUUUGGUAUCAUUAAGGUCUUAUUCACUCUAAUGCAUAAACAUGGACAUUGAUAGUGGUACAAUACCUUGGAUGUGUAUAAUAUCUUAGAUGCAUUUGAAAGCUCACGUUUCAGAGUGUAACGUACGACUGUGAUGUCAUAGUUACGUUUAUGGAUACGUAGCAACCAACUCUGAUGGCGUUCAUCCACAUACGAGGUUCAUUUGCGGUUACGGAAAUAGCCGAGUAGUUACGAUUGCGUCUGAUAAGUGUUCUGUGCAUUUGUUAUAUCAGUGUAUGAUUUUAUCAUUGUUUUCAUUGAGAAUACAGUCGAUAAUGUUAUCUAUGAUUAGGUCUAAUAUAUUUGCUUUAAUCAACAGGAAUCUGAGAAAGUGAUAUAGGAUACUAGAUUAGAAUGAGGGUAUUUUUAAAUCUUAAAACAACUCUCUGCAAUUACCUAACAUCCGAUGCUUUAAUUUUGACUUGUGUCGAAUACUAGUAUCACCAUUUACAAAUAAUUAUCUAUUGAAGUAUCACAAUGGACAGCAAUUUGACUAUUGUAAUAUAUUAUAGUAUCAUUAUUUACAGUUAUUUGACUAUUAUAGUAUCAUUAUUUACAGUUAUUUGACUAUCAUAGUAUCAUUAUUUACAGUUAUUUGACUAUUAUAGUAUCAUUAUUUACAGUUAUUUGACUAGUAUAGUAUCAUUAUUUACAGUUAUUUGACUAUUGUAGUAUCACCUUUUACAAACAACUGUUUGACUCUGGUAGUAUCACUAUUUACAUUCAUUUUGUUAUAGCCGCAUAGGCAAUUAUAGUGAUGUAUUUUAUAGCUUUUAAUUAGAACAAUAUUACAUGUUUUGAAUGUAAUAACUUGGCUCUGUUGUUGUAUGAAACUACAAUAUUCUCUACUUUGCAAUGGUAUUGCACUGAAUUCUCCCAUGAGCUUUAAGACCAUUCAUGAACACGUUUCCGCCAAUUUUCAAUAUUUAUAUCGUUACCCUCUAUUUUAUCUAGGGCAACGAUGUAACACUUCCCAUUAAGCUUGACUUUAUAAAUGAUUUUUCAUUAGAUAACUCUGGGGCUGGGACUACCACAGAUAUGCCGGUACCUACCAAAGGAACGACAUCCGAAUCCGCCGUCACUGACGACAGCUCGACCAUUAUUGUCCCAAUCGUGACAAGCUCAGAUGCCCCCGUUCCCACGACAA